AUGUUCGUGAACACAGCUUCUCCCCGGAGGUCUUUCACCAUCCCCAUCAGCAUCACCCUGCAGGGUGCCCGCAGGAGGCAGACACGGGAGCUGCUUCACACAGCUCAGGAGCAGGAGUGGAGUAGAGGCGGGGGGGGCCGCGGGGGGCAGCGAGCUCGGAUGGCAGCGUCGAGCGCCGGGGAGGACAGAGCCGUCCUGCUGGGCUUCGCCAUGAUGGCCUUCUCCGUGCUCAUGUUCUUUGUGGUCGGCAUCACUGUGGUCAGACCUUAUGUGAACAGUGACUGGGAGGAGGAGGAGGAGGCCGCCUGCGUGCUGCUGCAGGCCGACAUCCUGGAGGAGUGGGUGGACUGCAGAGGUGUGAGCACUGUACCUUGCCUCAGGGUUACGGUCAACCUCACUAAGUCCAAUAAGAGGGCUUUCCUCCACUUUGACGAGGAGUCAGUCCUGCUCACUCCGGAGUGCUUCUACGUGCCCAAAUGUCAAACGGACAGAGCCAAACUUCAGGACGAGGUGCUGAAGUUGAAAGACAGCUUGGACACCCAGCUGGGGAGCGCAUCGUCUUGCUUCACAGACCCGGCGAGGCACCCCGGGGACGUCAUCCUGAGCAGGAAGUACACCUUAAAGGAAGCCCUGUUUGCGUCGCUGUGGCCCUGCCUGAUGCUGGCCGGCGGAGCCCUGCUGCUGGGCCUCGUGAGGCUGACACAGUGCUUGGACCACCUCUCCUCCGAGAUGCGCAGUGGGGCCGCGGCGGGCCGGCUGACCUCGCUGUACACUCAGGGCAAACUGUACCGAAUGCUGCGGCCAUCCGCCACGCAGUCUCCGCCAUGA